UCCCAUAUUCCGCAGACGAGCUACCUAGCUACCUAUGAAUAGCACAUCGCACCCGCAUCGCACCCGCAUCGCACGCGCUUAUAGCUAGCUCUCCCCCCGCGUGAGUAUCCAUCCAUCCGCCCUAGCAAGACGCACGGCACACGACGACACGACACCCUAUCCGUCCCACCAUCACGCAUCACUCACCCGUUCCGCUCCGCUCCGCUCCGCUCCGUUCCGCUCCGCUCCGCUUCUAGCCUGGUAGUACCCGCCCCACCGUACUCACUCACGCCCACACACACGCCUCCGCGUGUCAAGCACGCGGCACUGCGACGCCUUGCCGGAGCAGAGCACAUCGGAGAAGCCUGGGCAUCUCUCGACCACAGAGAUUCUCUUGACCACACCCCGCGAUUUCCCGACCAUCUAGACGAUAUAGAUCAUCGUCACGUAGAAGCCUUGCCUUGACGAUGACGAUGGCACUGCUGCCUUGCCUUGAGCGGUAACGUUUGAUAGAGUCAUGAUACCGGCCGGCAAUGCAGCUUCGCGGUAGUAGAGUUAUGGCGGGACGACUUAGUAUCACAAUACUGCGUAGACCGUGCCUGUCGUCCCCGCGCCUACCGCCGCGUCCCGCGCACCUUUCCGCCCGCUGCCUUUCCGCCUGAUGGCCUAGUCGCGCGCCAGCCUCCACAGCAGCAGCGGUAGUAUUCCUCCGCCGCAUCUGCAGCAAGCGAGCGCCUGCCACGCGGCCAGCGGCGGACUCCGCUCCCCUUACCCUCUGCUCCCCCUGUUUCCCCCGCUCCCCGGGCGCUCCCCCGGCGCUCCCCCGGUUCUCCCCGGAUCCUCUCCCCCUUCCUCCCUCUCCGCGCAUCUUCCCCCCAUGGCGUACACGCGGUGCCUGUCGCUGCCCGUUAUAGCGGGCUUUGCUUUAAUCGCGUUCGUCGCGUACACGAUCAUCUUCCUCGUUAUCCAGCCAUGGCUCGGCCUGAUCACCGCCGCCGGCGUCCUCAACGUCGGCGCGUUUUGCGCGUGGACCGCCAUGAUCUUAUUCUCCUACAUGCUCUCUAUUUUCCGCGACCCGGGGUCCGUGCCCGCGCACUACGUCCCCGACGCGGAGGGCGACGCGGAGAGUAACGCGGAGGCGGGGAGAUUAACUCCGGUGCUGGUGGAGGUGAAGAGGAAGGGCGGCGAGGCGCGGUAUUGUCAGAAGUGCGGCGCGUUCAAGCCGGCGCGGUGCCACCAUUGCCGCAUAUGCAAGCGAUGCGUGCUCCGAAUGGACCACCACUGCGUGUGGAUCAACAACUGCGUGGGGCACACCAACUACAAGGCCUUCUUCCUCUUCGUGCUCUACGACGUGCUCGCACUCACACACACCGUGGCUCUGCUAAUCGCCUUCUUUAUCUCCUCCUGGUCCGCUGACCCCCUCCCGCAUUCCUCCUCCUCCCUGUCCUCCACAUCUCAUCUAGCCACCUCGUCAGUAUCGGCGUCAUCAACAGCAGCAGCAGUAGCAGCAGCGGCAGCAGCCGUGGGGGGAGAGGCGUACUCGCAGCCUGCACUGCUGCUCGUGCCCUCCCCUAUGACGUGCUCUGUGUUGCGGGCGCUGUGUCUGCUAGUGAGCCUGCCGCUGCUGAUCGCGCUGCUGGUGCUGCUGGUGUGGCACUGCUACCUCAUCGCCAUCAACAAAACCACCAUCGAGCACUACGAGGGGGUGAGGGCGCGGCUAUUGAGUCCAAGGCCAGUGGCCACAGGCCAAGCGCCUCCCAGCCACCCAUACGAUCUGGGGAUCAUCGCCAACCUCACUGCUAUCCUGGGCCCAGUGGCCUUGUGCUGGCUGUGUCCCAACGACACGCGGCACAUCUCGGACGGGAUGCACUUCGACACUGCAUACUCCCUGCACUCCAAGCAUGCACACAACCACACCGCCCACCGCCAUACCCAUGUCGACCCCAUCCUCUGAUGAGUGCCAUGGUGCACAUUCGCACUCCUUGUGGCUCGGAGUCUUUGUGUCGACUUAAAAGCCAGCUCGCUCCAAGCACGUGCACACCCGCACUGCCCACCAUCACACCCACGUCGACCCCAUUCUCUUGUGCGGAUUCGCACUUGUGGCUCGACUCAAAAGUCAGCUGGCUCCAAGCACGCGCACACCCAUCACCCACCAUCACAACCACGCCGACCACAUUCUUUGAGCGUCAGGCAGAGUGCCGUGCCAUGGCACAGACUGGUGUGGCUGCGCCAGGCAGAGUGCAUCUUCGCUCUCCCUGUGGCUCAUUGUGGCUCCUCUCCUUGCUCUCUUACUGAGCCUGAUGUGCCAUGGUCAUGGCAUGGCACUGACUGACCGACCCCAUCUUUGUUGCUGCAAUGAAUGGAGAUUGUGGUUGGGGCUACAUGCUUGCAGGGGUGCAUUGCUCAUUCUUAUGCUUGCCCGAUUCCGCAAGCUCUUUAUUUUUAUUUAAACGCCUAGCACCGA